AUGCGAGGCAGUGUAUUAAGGAAGAGCUUCACUGCUCUACAGGCCUCACGAGUUCACUGUCGAACAUUUGCUGCUGCGACUGAGUCAUCUCCGAUCAAGGUCCAGCAUCACCCUGCUCCUCAUUCGGGUAAUAUCAGAAUCCUCCUGCUCGACAGGCCUGAAGCACGGAAUGCCCUGUCGCGAAGAUUGAUCACAGAUCUCAGACGUCAUGUCGAUGAAAUACAAGCAGAAGGUGGAAAGGGAGGGACCAGAGCUCUAAUCCUCGCGUCAAAUACGGACAAAGCCUUUUGCGCUGGCGCAGAUCUAAGAGAGAGAAAGAGCAUGACCCAAGAGCAGACUAGAGAGUUCUUGACCAACAUGAGGAACACUUUUACCGACCUGUCCAAACUCCCCAUCCCCACCAUUGCGGCGAUCUCAUCUGUUGCCUUGGGAGGAGGGCUGGAACUAGGUCUAUGUACAACAUUACGCGUCUUUGGAUCCAACGCCGUAGUCGGCCAACCCGAAACAAAGCUAGCCAUCAUCCCUGGAGCUGGAGGUACAUAUAGGUUGCCUGCACUCAUCGGAGUCAAUCGCGCAAGAGAUAUGAUCAUCACAGGACGCCGAGUUUCCGGUCCCGAGGCAUACUUUCUAGGGCUGUGUAACAGGUUGGUUGAGAUACUCCCCGAGGACGAAAAGGUAGAAGGGCAAGCGAGAGCAAAAGUCCUGGAUGCCAGUGUACAACUGGCCAAUGACAUCUGCGAAGGUGGUCCCAUCGCUCUCACCCAGGCCAUGCGGGCGGUCGACGGCUGGCAGCGAGGCGAGGCUGCUGAAAAUGAGGCUUACGAGGUCAUCCUGAACACGGAGGAUCGUGUUGAAGCCCUGAAGGCGUUUGCGGAGAAGAGAAAGCCCGUCUUCAAGGGGAGGUGA